GAACACACGCUCGGUGCAUAGCGGCACCGUUUGAUCUCUGGCCCCCAGUGGACGCGCACCCGACGGCUCCGCUCCAACGUCCUCGGCGGGGCGGAGCUGGGCGGAGCUGGGCAGAGAGGGGCGGCGCCUGAAGCUGCUGGGCUUUUUGCUGCCAGCUCUUUGGCUCGCCAGCCUGGCUCAGCGUGGAGCUGCUGCCAGUACUGCCGCCGCCGGGGCUGGGUGCGGGCAUCAUGGGCUGCGGGGCGCUGCUGGGGUCCUUGGCGCUGUUGCUCCCGCUGCACCUGGCACUGUCUGAGGAGCCGGUGAGCGUGGCGGGCCGCAAAUGCAACACCAUCUACAAGGGUUUUGCUGAGUGCCUGAUCAGCCUUGGGGAUAGCAUGGCUCAAAGCGCCCAGCAACAACAGGAUGAUGACAGCAUUCAGGAGCAGCAGGAGUUGGACACCAUCUGCAAGUCUUGGGAUGACUUCCACACCUGUGCCACCCAGGUUCUCUCCAGCUGCCCCGAGGAAGCAGCGAACAUCUGGAAGUCACUUCGGCAGGAGUCCAGGAAGAUCCAGUUCCAAGGCAAUCUGCACGACCUGUGUAGCUCGCGUGCCCAGCCAGCUGGCAGCGGGAGGGCAUCGGAUGUGGGCGAGACCAACAAGGAGACCUUGCGGGGUGGAGCCAGGCGUUCCCGGCCUGGCUUUGUGGGCGGCCUGACUCUUGUGGCUCUCUUGGCUUUGGUGUCCUUUGCCUAGUCUGGGGGUGGUCCACCACAGUACGGACCAGUCCUGUCCACCGCAGUACGGACCAGUGUCCCAGCACCGCUCCCUGCCAGGGAAAUUGGGCCGGGCUUGGCAGUUGGCAGUGGUGCUCGAUGGGUCCUGAUGACAAGGGCAGCAAGGCCCUUGGAGUGGAAGAGGCAGGAUGCGAUGGGCUUGCCUGCCUUGUAUCUUCCCUUGCUCAAAGAAGCCGAGUUUAUAUAUGAUUUAGUGUUUGAUUUAUAUCCCGCCCUUCCUCCCAGCAGGAGCCCAGGGCGGCAAACAAAAGCACUAAAAACACUUUAAAGCAUCAUAAAAACAGACUUUAAAGCACAUUAAAACAAAACAACUUUAAAAACAUUUUUUUAAAAAGCUUUGAAGACAUCUUUUUUUAAAAAAAAAAACACUAAAGGUGCUCUUCCUGCCCCUCCGUGCCUGCCUUUUACCAGCUGGCACUCUGCAGCAGCUCUAGUGCCCUGUCCUCCCCCCCCUGCCCCUUAUCUCCAUCGCCACUGCCCUCCUUACUCUCCAGCCCCUCAUCUUAGGAGCAGGGGAAGCUGCCUUAUCCUGAGUCAGAGACCAUUGGUCCAUCUAGCUCAGUGUUAUCUGCACUGACUGGCAGCAGCUCUCUGGGGUUUCAGACUGGGGACAAUUCCCAGCUCUACCUGGAGAUGCCAGGGACUGAACUCGGGACCUUCUGCAUGCAAAGCAGAUGCUGGACCAUGGAGCUGUGGCCCUUGCCCCGCCCUGCACUGCCCGAGAAACCCUCCCUAGGAGCAUUAUGUCAACGUCAACAUCCUCCCAGUAAGAAAGGCAUCAGUGCAGCCAGCUGCUUGCGGCGUCCUUGCUAGUGGAGCCAGAGAGGGGGAGUGAGGAGAAAUGGCACCCACCGCCUCACCCUAGCCUUCCCCAUCCUGCAGCUCUCUACGUAUCGGAUCACGUGAGAGCCAAGUUGUCCCCAGUGAGCCUGGACACUUUCAGGAUCUAUACUGGCUCUAUGCACACUCACAAGCUGCAGGGGUGUGCUUCAGUAUACUUCUUUGGCCAUUGCAUCUCUCCUCUGCCCUAGGAGGGCAGGCUCCCUAGAAUACCCUUUGUACGCAUAGCAGCAGUCGCUUUAUAUCCAUCUACUUGCUGCUUCUCAGCUUCCCAUAGGACUCUCCCUUUUAGGGGGAGAGGGGGGCACCUUAUGGUUCUGAAGGGCAACAUUUCUCCAUGGAUAGGGAAUUUCCCCCCCCCCCCGAGGCAUGCUCUCUAGCCGUUAAGAUUCAACUAGGAGAGGAACUGGCUUGCGCAGCUGAUGACAUCAACCCAGCUGCCAGGGAAGAGAGUGCAUAUGACCUUUCUCAAGCUGGCGCCCUCCAAACGUUUUGGACUACAACUCCCAUCAGGCUGAUGAGAGUUGUAUGUGCUGUGGUGUAGGCUCGUGCCAUUCACAAGGCUGUCUCCUGAAUGUACUUAUUUAUUUCUUUACUUGAUUUAUAUCCUGCCCUUCCUCCCAGCUGCAGCCCAGGGCGGCAAACAAAAGCACUAAAAACACUUUAAAACAUCAUAAAAACAGACUUUAAAAUACAUUGAAACAAAACAACUUUAAAAAAAUUUUUUUUUACUUCUGCACUAUCGUUUUCCUUAUGGAGAUGGGCUGUUUUUUGGGGGGACAUAGGCUGGAAGUCUGGCUAGAGAGCAUUUUCCUAAAGGGGUGUUGAGGGGUGCCUUGCCUGCAUGGCCCAGUCUCCAUUCAGAGGGCGCCUCUGUUCCUGGCCUGCGGGCAUCAGGUGGCUGAAACUCAGUCCUGGGCCUCCCUUUUUUGCUGGGUUCAGCUGUUCAAAUGUAUCUAUAUAUUUAUAUUAAAAAGGCACUUUUACAUUUCUCUUGCCUUGUCCUGUGUCAUGGCUUUUGCCCUCCGAGCCUGGUGCGGCCAGUAGCAUUUUUGCCUCUCAGAUCUGUGAUCCAGAUUGCACUGUCAUGGAGGAAGUCAGCAUUUCUGAGUUAACGUGCUCUGAGUACUGCAGUGUAAGGGGAUCCCUUGACUUGCGGAGCGUAAGCUGGCUUCCUUGGGCUUAAAAAAACCCCAACCAUUUUCCUUAUAAAGAGAUCAAACCUACAAAAGCGUUGAUGUUACAAGCACAGCAUCAUCCUAUAUGCUGAUAGCAGGUGUAGGGAACCUUCGGUCCUGCAGAUGUUAUGGAACUACAACUCCUGCCACCCCUGUCUGUUGGCCAUGUUUGCUGGGGGUGAUAGGAGUUGUAACUCAGCAACACUGGGAGGGUCAAAGGUUCCCCACAUCUGCAAAUAGCCAUCUUGCUUCUCUGAGUGCCAGUCCUUUCUGUAGCCAUUGGAUGCUGGAGAUCCAUUCUAGCAUUGGAUCACGGGGAGAGGCAGGGGGACAGCGAGUGUGCUAACUGGCACAUGUUUCCCCCCCUUAAAGGUAUUAAUGGCUUUGCUUGGAUUCCAGCUCUGUGUUCCCAGCACUCCUUGCCCAUACUGUAAUUAAUCUGCCUUUUUGCUGAAAACCUCCACUGAGCCCUUGACACACACACACCCUCUGUUUUCAGCCCAAUGAAGCCCUUACACAAUGUGGCUACAGACCUGAUGCAUCCCCUGGUGCCCUAUGCGCGAUUGCCAUGUGCACAGGCACGCAUGGCUGCUGCCUACAACCUUGGGAAAACAUCCGGUGCUGUGGCGCAGAUGCUGCCCUUUGUUUGUUUUCCCAAUGUCAACUCUUUUUGUUCUGUCACUGAAUGGCCCAAAUCCUAGCUAGAUCAGACUCUCAGUUUAUGCUCAAGCCAGAAGCUGAUCAAUUGUUUAUGUACUCUCCAGCAUGUCAUAGAGAAAAACAGAUAUGCUCUUCCCGAGAGGUGAAGCAGACAAUGAAUCCAUAGUAUGAAUAGCGAGACAGCUGUUCUGGGAGACUAAUGGUUUGAUCCACUCAAGGACUAAGGCUGCAAUCUCAUACACACUUACCUGGGAGUAAGUCCCAUUGAACCCAA